GUUGUGAUACGCAGUGAUUUAGUUGAUGUGGUGAUACCAUUCCGCUUGGUAGACGAAAAGUGAGCGACUCCACGAAAUUUGAUGCGCGCAUUCGCGUUUCGAAAAUAGUUGAGUAAUAAAAAAAAUAUUCGUUCAGAUUCAUUACAUUGCAGUGAAGAAUUCCGCAAGAUGCCGCAAGAAGUAAAUGAUCAAGAUAUAGUGUCUAUCAAAGAAUGGAUAGCGAAAGAAAAUUACCUGCCCCGAGACCUUGAUGACAUAAUGCUGAGGAAGUUCCUGCACAGCUGUUACGGUAGUUUGGAGCGGACCAAAAAGUGCAUAGAGAAGUUUUGUACAACGCGUGCCUUACUCAGCGAGCUGUAUACGUCGAGGGAUCCUACAUCAUCAAAGAUGGCAUCAUCAUUUUCAAUUACAAAUGUGACUACAUACAAAGCAGAAGAUAAUGAAAUUUUGAUCCAUCAACUCAACGAUCCGCUUUUGGAGAAAUUCUCAUUUUACGACGUAUUGAAAUCGUUCACUAUACAAGCUGAUUAUUGGCUUCGAGAUUACGAUUUCUUCCCGUCUGGUCACAUCAUCGUGCUGGAUAUCAAGGAUUACACGUUAAAGAUCAUUCCUAAAGUCAACAUUAUGUACUUUAGAGAUUUUCUUAUAUUUUUGCUUGAAGCGAUGCCGGUCCGAGUGAAACAAGUCCACGUCGUGAAUUGUCCGUCGUAUUACGAUAAAUUGUACGCCCUUGUCAAGUCAGCGCUCCCCUCCGAGAUUUGCGAUAUUAUCAAAUUCCACUCCAAUGUUGAAAGUCUUCAGCAGAGGAUAGGCAAAAAGUUUUUGCCGGCCGAAUAUGGUGGAGAGGCACAGAGCAUGAAAGAGCAAAACCAAGAGUGGAUCACGAAAAUUUUAAAAGACAGAAAAAUGUUCCUUAACGACAACUUAUGGAAAGCUGAUCUUAAGCGGAAACCAAAGAGUAACAGCAUCGAAAACUCAAUGAGCGGGUCAUUCAAAACACUGUCAAUUGACUGAUAAAAUAAUUAUUGUUGACUAAAAAUAGUACCUUUUAAUUGCAUAGAUAUACAUGUGGGACUUUUUUUACCUUUUAAAAUUGUCAAAUAUAAAGUAAGGAUUUAGUACAAUGAAAAAAAAACAAUUGUUUGAUUUUGUUACUCGUAUACUUACACAUUUAAGUUUAAGGGUAUUUGUUUUAAUAUUUCAAGGUACCUAGUUAGUUAAAUAAGUAUAUAUUCUAUACAAAGAAUCCCAGAAGAUAAUAAAUCUGUCCAAAACAUAGAUAUUUAUCGCUAUUUUAUGCAUCUUGGUAUAGCAAAAAAGCCGAGUGUACACUUCUUUCCAUUAAUAGUAACAGAAUUAGUAACCGGCAUCUAUACAUAGGUAUAAAUAACAUUAUGGACAUACACCACUGACAUUCGCUAGCAUAAAAUAACUGGUGUCCUGUUUAAAAAUAAGUAGUUUGUUGGUUUAAUUAUUUUUCGGACAAGGAAUAUAAAAUGUGUAUAUAUUUAAAUACACACCAUAAUAUGUAAGUAAUUACAUACAUACAUAUCUAUCUGUCGAGAGAUGGGCAGCAGCGUUCCUCUUAAAAUAUCUUUGAAAGCCUAACUGCGGUUGCCAACCUGCCUGCCAAGCGUGGCAACUACUGGCAAAACUCUCCUUAUGGGGAAGGCUUAUGUUCAGCAGUGAACAACCAACGGCUAAAAUAAUAAUAAUAAUAAUACAUAUCUGUCACACCUGUCUCCUAUUGGGGUAUGCAAAAACAAUGGAACAUUAAGUGUUCCGAUUCAAACAGGCCUCUUUCGCUUCCUCCACUUAUAUUAAUCUAUUUAUACACGUUCGCCAGUUACGGGCACUCGCUCACCUAUUUUGUUGAUAUAUGUCUUUCUAGGGUGGCCCCUACCGACAUCUCCAUUCAUUCGUGUUCGAUAAGCUUCUUUCAUAAUUCUUCUUUCAUCUAUCAUCUCCAAAUGACCAAACAUUCCAUUUUCGAUUUAUGUCACUACUAUUGACGACAGAUCAUAAAUAUAUUUUUUUAUAACUUUUUUGUACUUUAUUAACAUUUACACUUUUGUGAAAGAAGUAAAAACUUGAAUAGUUUUUACCUUUAAUUGUAUUUAAUUAUUGCCGCUGCCCUUCCCUCUCACCAGCGCACGUUUAAUACAUUUAAUGAAUAGUAAAGUUAAAAUACGACAGGUAACAAUAAUAAAAUGGAUUCAAAUAUAAUAUCAAUUUAUAAAAUGAAACAAUAAUAUUUGUAAGGCAUUGUUAAUUCUAUUUGGUAUUUCUAUCAAUUUUUAAUUUCGACGUACCCUUAAAUUCCGUAGUAUUUGUUAAGUAGAUUAAAUAAUUAUAUUUUAUGAAUAAUAAUGAUAAAAUAAAAGUCAAAUGACAAUUAUAAUUUUAAUAAAUUAUUUACAUUGUAUCGUAUAACGGGAUCAACUUCAACAAU